AAACCCACAGAUGAAAAAGAAGAAACUGUGCCAGCAGUCGAAGUGGGGUGGAUGACCUCUGUCAAAGACUGGGCCGGGGUGAUGAUAUCAGCCCAGACCUUGACUGGCCGAGUCCUUGUUGUCCUAGUCUUUGCUCUUAGUAUUGGUGCUCUUGUAAUAUACUUCAUAGAUUCGUCAAACCCAAUAGAAUCUUGCCAGAAUUUCUAUAAAGAUUUCACGUUACAGAUUGACAUGGCUUUCAACGUGUUCUUUCUACUCUACUUUGGCUUGCGGUUCAUAGCAGCCAACGACAAGUUGUGGUUCUGGCUGGAAGUAAACUCAGUGGUCGAUUUCUUCACAGUCCCUCCAGUAUUCGUUUCAGUGUAUUUAAACAGAAGUUGGCUGGGUUUAAGGUUUUUACGAGCGCUUAGGCUGAUACAGUUCUCGGAAAUUUUGCAGUUUCUGAACAUCCUUAAAACAAGUAAUUCCAUCAAGUUGGUGAAUCUGUGCUCUAUAUUUAUCAGCACGUGGCUGACUGCAGCUGGAUUUAUACAUUUGGUGGAGAACUCAGGGGACCCGUGGGAAGAUUUCAGAAACAAUCAAGCGCUUACCUAUUGGGAAUGUGUUUAUUUGCUAAUGGUUACUAUGUCCACUGUUGGUUACGGAGACGUUUAUGCAAAAACAACCCUUGGUCGCCUUUUCAUGGUUUUCUUCAUCCUCGGUGGAUUGGCCAUGUUUGCCAGCUACGUCCCUGAAAUCAUAGAGUUAAUAGGAAACCGCAAGAAAUAUGGUGGUUCAUAUAGUGCGGUUAGUGGAAGAAAGCACAUAGUUGUCUGUGGCCACAUCACAUUGGAAAGUGUCUCCAACUUCCUGAAGGACUUCCUACACAAGGACAGGGAUGAUGUCAACGUAGAGAUCGUCUUUCUGCAUAAUAUCUCCCCUAACCUUGAGUUGGAAGCUCUUUUUAAACGGCACUUCACUCAGGUGGAAUUUUUUCAGGGUUCAGUUCUCAAUCCGCAUGACCUGGCUAGAGUAAAGAUAGAGUCAGCAGACGCGUGCCUAAUCCUUGCCAACAAAUACUGCCCGGACCCAGAUGCGGAAGACGCCUCCAAUAUUAUGAGAGUGAUUUCCAUAAAGAAUUACCAUCCGAAAAUAAGAAUAAUCACCCAGAUGCUGCAGUAUCACAACAAGGCCCAUCUGCUCAAUAUCCCGAGCUGGAACUGGAAGGAAGGGGAUGACGCGAUAUGCCUUGCGGAGCUGAAGCUGGGCUUCAUCGCCCAGAGCUGCCUGGCCCCGGGCCUGUCGACCAUGCUGGCCAACCUCUUCUCCAUGAGGUCGUUCAUAAAGAUCGAGGAGGAUACGUGGCAGAAAUACUACCUGGAAGGAGUUGCGAAUGAAAUGUAUACAGAGUAUCUUUCUAGUGCCUUUGUCGGUUUGUCCUUCCCCGCUGUUUGUGAAUUGGUCUUUGCGAAGCUAAGGCUCCUAAUGAUAGCCAUAGAAUACAAGUCGGAAAAACGGGAAAGCAGUAUAUUAAUCAAUCCUGGAAACCAAGUGAAGAUUCAAGAGGGUACCUUAGGAUUCUUCAUUGCAAGCGAUGCCAAAGAAGUAAAAAGGGCAUAUUUUUAUUGCAAGGCCUGUCAUGAUGACAUCACAGAUCCCAAAAGGAUAAAAAAGUGCGGCUGCAAACGACUUGAAGACGAGCAGCCCUCGACGCUGUCGCCCAAAAAGAAGCAGCGGAACGGAGGCAUGAGGAAUUCGCCCAACUCCUCGCCCAAGAUGGUGAGACACGACCCCUUAUUAAUACCUGGCAACGAUCAAGUUGACAACAUGGAUUGCAACGUGAAAAAAUACGACUCCACGGGCAUGUUUCAUUGGUGUAUAUCCAAGGAUAUUGAAAAGGUUAUUUUGACCCGAAGUGAAGCGGCGAUGACCGUGCUAAGCGGACAUGUGGUCGUGUGCAUAUUUGGGGAUGUGACAUCGGCGCUGAUUGGGUUGCGGAAUUUCGUGAUGCCCCUGCGAGCCAGCAACUUCCACUACCAUGAGCUCAAGCACAUUGUGUUUGUGGGCUCUCUUGAGUACCUGAGGAGAGAAUGGGAGACGCUGCAUAACUUCCCCAAACUCUCCAUCUUGCCCGGUACACCAUUAAGUCGAGCUGAUUUAAGGGCUGUCAACAUCAACCUCUGCGACAUGUGCGUAAUCCUGUCAGCCAAUCAGAAUAAUAUUGAUGAUUCCUCGCUGCAGGACAAGGAAUGCAUCUUGGCGUCACUCAACAUCAAGUCUAUGCAGUUUGAUGACAGCAUCGGGGUCUUGCAGGCUAAUUCCCAAGGGUUUACCCCACCGGGAAUGGACCGUUCAUCCCCAGAUAACAGCCCAGUCCACGGGCUCCUACGUCAGCCCUCCAUCACCACGGGGGUCAAUAUCCCGAUUAUAACGGAGUUAGUGAAUGAUUCAAAUGUUCAGUUUUUGGACCAAGAUGACGAUGACGACCCUGAUACCGAACUGUAUCUCACGCAACCCUUUGCGUGUGGGACGGCGUUUGCGGUCAGCGUGCUGGACUCUCUCAUGAGCGCAACAUACUUCAAUGACAAUAUUCUCACGCUGAUACGUACGUUGGUAACGGGAGGAGCCACGCCGGAGCUGGAGUCGCUGAUUGCCGAGGAGAACGCCUUGCGGGGAGGCUACAGCACGCCCCAGACGCUGGCCAACAGGGACCGGUGUCGGGUGGCUCAGCUGGCGUUGCUAGAUGGGCCUUUUGCAGACCUUGGGGAUGGCGGUUGUUAUGGAGAUCUGUUUUGUAAAGCUUUGAAAACGUACAACAUGCUUUGCUUUGGAAUAUACCGAUUGAGAGAUUUCCAUCAAAAUACACACAGCCAAUGCACCAAGCGUUUUGUUAUAGCCAACCCACCUUACGAAUUUGAGCUCGUGCCGACGGACCUGAUCUUCUGUCUGAUGCAGUUCGACCACAAUGCCGGCCAGUCCCGGGCCAGCCUUUCGCAUUCUUCCCAUUCCUCCUACGCGUCCAGCAAGAAGAGCGCGUCGAUCCACUCUAUCCCUUCCACCACAAACCGACAGAACCGAGCAAAGACCAGAGACUCUCGGGACAAGCAGAAUGCGACAAGGAUGAAUAGAAUGGGCCAAGCAGAAAAGAAAUGGUUUACAGAUGAGCCGGAAAAUGCCUAUCCCAGAAACAUUCAAAUCAAGCCUAUGAGUACCCACAUGGCUAAUCAGAUCAAUCACUAUAAGUCGACGAGCAGUUUGAUACCACCAAUCAGAGAAGUUGAAGACGAAUGUUGA